CCGUGCCUUCUAGGUGAAUAGGACGUGAUGGUGCUGUGAAAUCUGACUCUGCUCCGUCCUUGUUAGUUCCGCAACCAGCUGUGUCCAUUUGACUGACAUAGCUUACCCCUCGGAGGAUGCCAAUCGAUGGACAUGCUGAAAGACGAGGGCAUGAAUGAAGCGUCUCCCUUUCCGGUCCGGGCCAACUGCGUAAUCAGUAUCGACGGCGUGGCUCAUUCAUAUCUCAAGCAUUCUGGAGAGGUAAUCUGUCAGGGGGGCUCUAUAGAGCCUCACAUCUGUUUUCUGUAUCACCCCCUUUUCAUAGCUUCAGUGCCAUAGUUUGGAUUUAUAGAGCUCCAGUACUCUUUAUGGCUGCUACGUCAGAACUGCGCCCAGGGACAGGCCUAUUCAAACAUGUUUCCCGGCGACUGGUCUUCAUUCUGGAAAUUCCAGACACCAACCGCCCCCCGAGCGCAUCUCUGGCAACCCGACAUGGCUUGCUUCAUGGGCACUGUCGACAACCCCAUGAUCCUACAAUCUGUCGCGUGCCUUUAUCACGCUUGUAGCCUUUGUUGCAUUACCCUUGGUCUAGUUAGACGACGCAAUUUCGCUCACUGAGUAUGUUCCUAAUCAUGGACGAAGAGACUGGGGACGUGCUACGCGUGGGUCGGGCGCUGUCACUUGGAUCACCCACAGUCGUAGGUGUUGUCACACAUGGGCCGGUCAUCUCUUUUUGAAUCAAUUUCUAUUCGUCAUCUAUCCCACGCUCCCGUGUAGGCUUAGGCCACAAUUCUCAACAGUUCGUGCCCGAUACCUGGGGCUGUCUCUCGUUCUGCCACGUCUAGAAGAAGCCCCGUAUGUCUGCUUCCCGAUUGUCACCGUGAAUACUGUGGAAGCGCGCUGCGGCCUCGUGUACAUUUCCCUCGGUGUAUUCAAUCAAUGCCCAGCGGACAGUCAGCGCAGAUGACUUUUGCACCACCAGCUCUGAUUGUUUCGCUUGGUUUCC